GCUAGCGAGCGCGAUGACGCGAAUCCAUGGCUACGUCGCACGCAGUGGGCUGUCUAUCUCCGUGGAAUCGACCCGCAGCACCUUAUUGACUGCGUCCACGCACCCGACGGCGAUUCAUCCGAUCCGACUGAAAUAGCGGCAAGUGCUAUAUGGGAUGCAAUGGCUGCCGUCGCGAGAAUUAGCCAGUUGAUUUGUACUAAAACUAGCCAUACAAUUCGCACCGAAGCCGUACGUACGGAGCGCGACCGACUACCGCACCAGCCGCUGCAAGCUUACAUGGAUGCCGAUAACAUUGAGAGACACACCAUCCUGUGGCAGCAAAUUUUGAUGUUUUUCACUCUGCUCGGCCGUGGAGAGGCAGGCUGGCGUACGGCUGAGAGCUAUCCACCUAUUUUAUCAAAGCUGAUCAAGAUCGCUCGCUUUAUGGUAGUCCACAAGGCUUUGAAAUUGGAUUCUACGGCGGAGGCAAUGCUAUAUCAGCUAGCGGAGCAUCAAAUGGGUCCGGAUCCUGGCACUGGCCGAGAUUGGUCAUCCGAUAGACUCCGUGAAGUGCUAAAGCGAGAAACCACUAUUGGGCUUAAUGGUCAAGCUAUUCAUUUGAACGCUUACCGGGAUAUUGCUAUUGGCAUUAGCCGUCGCUUCAUGCGGCCAUCUAGCGUAUUUCCCAAUAAUACGCAGCAGGACGUGCGAGCCGAGGCUUCACAAGAGGAUGACGAAGAGGGCAUGAAUGCUGAGCAAUGGAUGGGUCACAUUGCUGACCUCCAGGCGGCCUAUUCAUCGCACGUUGCCGGCAUGAUCUACGGUCGUGGCAUCACUAAGCAGCCCGGUACGACGGCCCACCGGCGUGAGAUAUUUCGGCUUAGUAGCACCGACUGGCAUCGCUUUUUAGGCUUUGUGUCCACGGAUGACGGGGGUGCCGAGAGUGCAUUAGGACUGGCCUAG